CUUACUCGAGUGCGACAAAUAAACUCACCAAAUAAAUGAAAAUUCUUAUCCCUAUCUUAGCUUAUCUCUUUUCAAUUGUUUAUUUUUAUUUUCGUGGUGUUUACUCGACCUGUUGAACCUCCUCACCCAGUUUAAAGACUUUUGUUCCUCCACCUGUUGUUAUUCCAACAGUUUCCCAAAUGUUUCCACACAUCGUAGCUAAAAGGUGACCUAAAACUUCGUGGAGGACGUCCCCCCCACUUGGGAGGAGUCCUCCGCAUAGCAGUCGAAGCGUUCCGAGUCGGAAAUGGAAACGGAGCCCAACAUCCUCCCCCUCCGGCACGGCUGCGACGACCUAUGGACCUGGAACCGGCGCGAGCGCAGCCCCGAGGUGCGCCUCUACGGCAACAACUUCCGGAUAGCCCACUUCCACCCGAACUGGAGCAGCGGCACCGCCGGGGUGCGCGGCACCCGGGUGCUCAACAACGGCCGCUACUUCUGGGAGCUGCAUCUAUCGCGCCGCAUCUUCGGCACCAGCAUGAUGUUCGGCAUCGGCACGAAGAAGGCGCGUCUGCACGCCGACUCCUUCACCAACCUGCUCGGCGAGGACGACAACGGCUGGGGUCUGAGCCACAAGGGGCUGCUGUGGCACGGCGGGCGCUGGACGCACUACACGAAGCCCUUCCGGGAGAACGUGGCCACGAAGAUCGGCAUCCUGUUCGACGGCAUCGCCGGCACGCUGAGCUACUACAAGGACGAGAAGUACCUGGGGGUGGCGUUCCGGGGGCUGAACGAGGUGAAGGAGCCGCUGUACCCCAUCAUCUGCUCGACCGCCGCGAAGACUGAGAUGUACUUGGACUCGAUGAAGCGCGACUUUGUGAACCUGCAGGACCGCUGCAGGGCGGUGAUCGUGAAAAGGAUCAGGAACAAGCAGGAUCUGGAGAAGCUGUUCGUCCCGACGAAGAUCAGGAGCUAUCUCGCGGAGGCGAUCGUGGACAGUGUGGAGCCGUUUAAGCCGGUCAACCAGAACAAUAUCUCGAACAAUGUUGGUAGUAUGUAGGAUGGGUCUGGAGGGAGUACUGGAGCGGUACUGAUGUAGAUAUUCUUUUAAACCGUGGAUUUGUCCAUGUGCCAUUUUCAGGAUGUACAUAUUCUAUGUAAGUGGGACGAAAAGGCCAGUGGUGAAUGUUACCUAGGAGCUAGUCGUAGAGUGUAAGAUAUUUUAUCUAAAAAUAAAUGGGCGUUUCUUUUCGGAUGAUUCAGAAUACUCUACUUUUUUAUACUCAUGACACGAAUUUAUUGUUAAGCUAAAACCAGUACAUAACGUAAUGAAACGAUUUGUGAUUUUCUAGUCUUGUUUGUUUUUAGUAUUUAUUUUUUGUUGUUGUUUUUCAUGUUUGAUAUUUGUUAUCGUCCCUUAUUUAUUAAGUUGCACAAAUAGUGUGUACAUUUUGGCCAGUUUGUGCAAUAGAACUGUAAAUAAAUAACAUUACGUUAAAAUUAUUUCUUUAGGACCGUAAGGAUGUAAUGAAUGAAAUUGAUGUUUAGAGCAAUUGAAUACAUUAUUUUUUAAA